UCCUAUGCCAUUCUUCGUCGCUGCUCUAUACUUUUGUCGCGACAGGAAUUUGCGUUGUUGAGUUUUUAGUGGAGGCUUUUUGUUGUUAUUGUUGUUGGUGGUGGUGGAGGACGUUUGGGCGAGUGUUAGAAUUGUGGUAUUGUGAAUCUUUUCGUGAGAUCGAGGUUUUAUAGGGAAGCUCGAGUUGGAUUGGGAUGGCUGUGAAUGCGGGGAAUUUCGAGGGGUUGUGAAGGGAAAAGAUGGCUGUGUUGUUGUCGUUUUGGUGGUGUAGAGGCGUUUGAAAUGCGAGAGCUGAGGAUGAGGGAGGUCGCGUUGUUUGGUUUCUGACCUCGCUUCCGAAGGGCGACAGAGUGAGCAGGAUUGAUUGUGGAUAGCUGUCUUUGGAAGAAGAGUUUUUCAUAAUUUUGAUUCAGCACAUUUGGUUGGGUCUGGUUUACGGUUGUCAGUGGAAUGAGAUGGUUUCGCGGGCCCUUGUUGACCUCGUCAAGUUGUUGUGCGUCACGCUAGAUUUUGCGCGCAUUGGUACUUGCACCGUCUGCGCGGGUCUUUAGGGCUGAGGGCAGGCAAGUGACUGGUACAGUAUGUUUCAAGUCAUUUCAUAGCUUUUUCAUUUGUUGAGUCGUUUGCUGCGUAUAGAAUGUUUUAUUUUGUAUUUUCAUUCAGAAAGGAGUCGACGUUCAUGACACGUCGAUUUGGACGGGUGCUGAUAUGAUUUGAGGAUUUGUAUUUCACAACCUCCCAUUCAUCUCUGUAAAAGGUGGUCAUUAUAUUUGGCUUCCCAGCCCUAACUGCCCGAGACUUUUUCUAACCUUGAUUUAGUCCGUGCCCCGAUCGUAUUCUUUGUGGCGCUCAGCCGAUGGUGUUGGUGCCUCGUCUCCUGGUCAUCUUGCACCCAUCACCAUGACGUGUAUUCGUAUCUUGAGAAAUAAAUUUAUUUGGAUUUCCACGAUAUCCUGCACCCUAACUGCUCCUUAACAUGGUGCUCAUCUCCCGUUGUUCCCGGUUUUUGGAGACGCUGCUGCAACCCUCUGGGCUUAUGAUAUAUCUUGCUUUCUACUCCUCCGCGCCUUUGUGUAUACUCUUCUUCGGCAUACUCUGAUAACUGUCAAGGCUGAUUAUUGGAUUACGUGUGUUACAAGGGUGCAUAAUUUUUUUUCAACAAUAGUGGAAUUUGAAUUUUACGAUUUCCCUUAUCAUUGGAGUUCCUGCCUCCUGUUUUUUGAAAGAAUCCGUCUAAGUAGAGUCUGCCCGAAUAAAACAACGGAGGUAAAAGUGGAGAAGAAGAGCUCCCUAUAAGUGGGGAUAACUGUGAGGGAGGGGAAUGGACAGCGCUGUAUUAGAUGAUAUCAUAGUGCGGCUGCUCGAGGUGCGGACUGGGCGGCCGGGCAAGCAAGUGCAGCUCUCGGAGGCCGAAAUUCGUCAACUUUGUGUUACGUCUAAGGAUAUAUUUUUGUCACAGCCUAACCUCCUUGAGCUGGAGGCGCCAAUCAAGAUUUGUGGUGACAUCCAUGGGCAGUAUUCCGACCUCUUGAAACUUUUUGAAUAUGGUGGUUUUCCACCUGAGGCCAACUACUUGUUUUUAGGGGAUUAUGUUGACAGAGGAAAGCAGAGUUUAGAAACUAUUUGCCUUCUCUUGGCAUAUAAAAUCAAGUACCCAGAGAACUUUUUUUUGCUAAGAGGAAACCAUGAAUGUGCAUCAAUCAACCGAAUAUACGGCUUCUAUGAUGAAUGUAAACGUCGUUUCAACAUACGGUUGUGGAAGACGUUUACAGAUUGUUUCAACUGCCUGCCCGUGGCUGCCUUGAUUGAUGAAAAGAUUUUAUGCAUGCAUGGAGGCCUUUCUCCGGAACUCAAGAACUUGGACCAGAUAAAAAAGAUUGCUCGGCCAACAGAUGUACCUGAUGCAGGCUUGUUGUGUGACCUUCUAUGGGCGGAUCCUGACAAAGAUGUAUCUGGAUGGGGAAACAAUGACCGAGGAGUUUCCUUCACAUUUGGUCCAGAAACAGUCGCAGAGUUUCUACAAAAGCAUGACUUGGAUCUUAUCUGCCGAGCCCAUCAAGUAGUUGAGGAUGGUUAUGAAUUCUUCGCCAAGCGCCAGCUGGUUACUAUUUUCUCUGCACCGAAUUACUGUGGUGAAUUUGAUAAUGCGGGUGCCAUGAUGAGUGUUGACGAUACUCUCAUGUGCUCAUUUCAGAUACUAAAACCAGCGGAAAAGAAGCAAAAGUUUGUCUCUUAUGGCAACAAUCCGUCACGACCUGGAACGCCUCCUCGUGCCGCCAAGGGAUAAUGCCAGGUGAUGGUCGUGAGCUAGAGAAACCAACCUAUAAACAAUGAGCGCCUUUGGAGCGGAAGCUUUAUACUCUUGAGCUCCGUUGACGGAUGUCAGCUACUGAUGUGGGCUUGCUCUUUGGAACAGCUUCAUCUAGUGGGUGACCUAUAAGCAGUCCGCUGCUGAGCUGGAGUUUGUGGCCAGCAGAAAGUUGAGCAUGACUUCAGAGACACACAUACGUAUGCAUUCAACGCACGCACAAACUUAGGAUCUGUAGUUAUUUCGGAAGCUAGCGUGGUAUCCUUGGGAGGGCGGUUUCGCACAUGUCUUAACUCUCUACCGUUGCUUGAGCAAGAGGUUUGUUAGGGUGGGAUUGGGGCUGUUGGGGUGUGAUAUGUCUGUAGUUGGUGGUCUGCAGCGGAGCGAUUAUGCCAAUCGUAGUUAAUGUACAUUAGGGAGCGUGAGCACCCGGUUUCAAGUCACUCCCAUCUCAUUUUCAGUUUAGUCAAACCUAUAUUGCAAUUCGCAAUCUGCUUGACUAGAGUUUCUGUGUCGUCGUAUUGGCUUAAAUGUCUGCCUCGUUGAACAUGCCUUUUCUGGUCAUCGGUGUGUAGGCACCCCGCUUGGAUAUUCUCAAAUUUCAUAGCCCUCUUAGGACGCACCUCUAGUGAGCAUCACCCUCGCCUUCCAUUUAUUUGAAUUUUUUUUUUUUAGAAUGUGUUCUUCCAGAAUCUAUUGCAGAUCAUUAUGGUAUACCUCAUUUUUGACGACAGAUCACUGCCACUACGUCAGUGAUUUUUUUAUCAAUUAAGGUACAUAUGCAUUUCCGUACA